AUGCCAACCGGCUCAUACGCUCCACUCCCCUCCACUCCCACAACCACCACCCGCUCCUCUUCUCCUUCAUCUCCCACAUCUUACCGCCCCUCUCUCAUGCCCAUCCCCUUCACCCACCGCCUGAAGGCCCGCAACACUCAGGUCGCUCUUCUCGCUGUCGUCCUUCUCCUCGUGACACUGCCUUUUGCGCAUUACAAUCGUGAAAAAGUGCAAGAUUACUGGGCGGCAGACUAUAUCACCACCGACGCUUCUACCCAGCAUGUUCCAGUAGCUUCCGGGGGCCUUGCCAACAUCCCUUUGACGCUCGAGGCAAGGAUCCAGUACCUCCUGACUCGCCCAGCUUUGGCUCAGUGGGAAGCAGAGCUUCCUUCCAGGCACGGCUGCCCCUUCUACACCUACUCUCGAAACACCUACUUUUUCCACGACGGCAAGCCCGAGCAAUGGGAGCAAAUCGGACCCAACGAUAUCGUCAGGUACAGGGCCAAGAUCGUCGACUACUUUAGGGAGGUGGAGAGAGAAGGAGGCAAGUUGAUUUGGGAUCAGUCGAUGGAGGCGGAGGCCAAGCAGGACAGGCGGGGUAUCAUUUUUACCGGUGGUGAGGGUAAAACGCUCGAACGCCUCAAGCUGUCCCUUCACAUGCUCAAAAACGUCAUCAAGUCUACCCUUCCAGUUCAGGUGUACCACUUCCCGGACGAGCUGCAAGACCCCGACUCCCGCGCCGUGCUUGAAGCUUUUGGUGUCGAGCUGGUCGUUGCGAGUGAGAAGAGGCCGGAUGGAAAGAGCUGGCAUAUCAAGAAUGCGGCGUUCUUGGCGACUCGUUUCACAGAGUUUGUCUAUAUGGAUAGCGACAACAUUCCCUUGAACGACCCUCGAGAGCUGUUUGACAGUGUCGAGUACAAGCAGAGCGGUUCCGUCUUCUGGGCCGAUCUCAACAAAGACCACCCCGACAAUGCAAUCUUCCGAAUUGUUGGCAAAUCAUGCACUGACGACCACUGGCCCGCCGAAACCGGCCAGAUUGUCUUUUCCAAACGGGCCAACAAUGGACUCAAUCUCGCCAUCUUGCACCUCUCUAACCACAUGAUGUCGAACCCCGACAUGUAUGGCUUCCUGUCUUAUGGUGACAAGGAUACUUUUAGGUACUCGUUCUAUGCUCUGGGCUUGCCAUAUCAACAGGCGCCCAAGAUCUUUGCGACUGCUGGAGGAUACCAAACUCAAAACGGAGAAGACUCUGACAAGUUCUGCGGCCACUCCAUGAUCCAAUGGGGCCUCACACCCUGGACUGAGCGCCACAACCCCUCAUACCACCCCAAACCCGCGUUCCUUCACACCAUUCUGGGUAAACACCGAUACAACCUCCAACCCUCAAAGCUCUUCUCUCACAUUCACCGACCGCGCUUGGACGGCAUCAACGAGCCUCUCCUUGUCCGAACACCUUACGACUUUACAGGUGAUUGCUUUGCAUUGACGUUGAAGGGGCCCGAUGGAGCCCCCGGAGCUGUCAACUCGAUGGGUGACGGACAAGGGGUGGAGACGGUGGCCAUGGGGGAUGUGAUUGGGGAUGAUAAUCUAUGGGGAGAAUUGAAGGGACUGAGCAAGACUUUUGUUCACAUCAACCACGACGAUUGA